AUGAACGAAUCAGAUGUUGCAAAGUUCGUUAAUAAUGCAAGAAAAACGUUGACUGAUGCUCAACUUUUAUGUUCAAGUGCUAAUCAAAGGAUUGUAGACAUUAAGAAAAAAUUAUCAUCUUGGCAGUUGAGUACUUCAAAGCUCAGUUUCUUGAUAGUUAGCCUGAAACAGCAAGGAAAGUUUCUUUAUGCUAUUUUGAAAGAAGGUAUUGGAAAGAAGUUGAUUCAGAAACAAUGGAAUCAAGUAGUCCUAGUGGUCCUGGUUGAUGAGAUGAAACAUUGGCAACACAAAAUCACCACUAAAGUAGAAAAAUUGGAUGGCAUAGUAAAUGAGCUCAGUAUGGCAGAAAAUGAUGAUACUGGAUCCUCUAAAUUAGGGGAUUACAUCUCGAGGGACAAUGUAAACCUAUUAUAUGACAAACUGAAGGAAGUACCAGUAAUUGAACGUCAAAUAGAAAACAUUGGGCUUCAAUACGAGAAUAUGGUCAAAAAACUUAACAAAGAACUGAUUGAAACUAAACUAGCGGAUAUAACAAGAACAUUCCAAAGUAAACUUGGCAUAGAUAAGCUGAUGGAAGCUGGUGUGGCAGAGCGGUUUAGUAGAGAACUAACGGAUCUUGAAAAGGACCUAGCAGAGAUAAUGAAUUCGCUAACACAACAUUUUGAUAAGGCACGCUUAUUGCAGGAUAAAAAAGUGAGCAAUGAAGAAUGCGAGGACCUGUAUAAGGUGGUACAAGGUGACGAUCAAGAAUUAAGUAAUAUAUUCAAAACUUUACAUGAGGUAAUUGAUGACGUGGAUAAAGCAAUACUCAACUUGAAUCAAUUCUUGCAAGUAAAAACGAACGAAAAGAAUGAAAUACACGCCAAGGUUUCUGAAAUAAUAAAUGACUUCAAUAAAAAUUUAGAAUAUUUACUAAUCUUUAAGGAUAUAUCUGACCUCAUUGACACCUUCAAAAAUUCUUGCACACAAGAUAUCCAGGUAACAAAAGAACUUUGUGAAUUUUAUGAUAACUUCGAGGAAAGUUACAGAAAUUUGGUCCUAGAAGCACAGAGGAGGAAAGAAGUGGCCAACAAGAUGAGAACUAUCUUGAAUGAUUGCGAGAAACAGCUGCAGAAUUUGAAUGCGCAAGACCAGAAAGAGCGUCAGAAUUUUAUAGCUGAAAAUGGAAGUUACCUUCCAGAGACAAUUUGGCCCAGCAAGAUUGACGAUUUUUCUUCCUUAUACACGUUGCAAUACAACGUCAAAGAACCUUGA